CAAAAAGACAAUAACAGAAAUUAAGAAAAGGAAAGAAAUUCAACUUUGAUCUCUUCCACUUAUAUCUCUCAUCUUCAAAGGUCUUUCUCUUCCUUUUUUAGCAGGUUUUUCCACUUUGCCUCACUAUUUCUGCACAACACCAUUACCAAAUCCAUCUUUUUUUGUAGCACCUACCUCAAUAGUACCAGGAAGUAUUUAAGUCCUCUAUCUAUCUCUUCUUGUAAUUAAUGAGCCAAGAAGUUACAUCCAUCCACUUCUAAGUCUCAAGACUAAACCUAAUUUUUUUCAUCUUUUUAUGAGGUACUAAAAGCCUAAUUUCUUCUGGCCUAAAGCUUUCAAAAUCAAGAAAAAGAACCCUAAUCUCUCCAACCCUACUUUGGAUCAUAUCUUUUUUAAGUUAUGGAUCUGGUCUCUCAAGAGCACAAUAUCAAGAACCCUAAUACCACUCUCACAACACAGCCUUCUUCUUCUUCUUCUUCUCCACCGUCCUCUAGCCGCUACGAGAACCAGAAACGCCGUGAUUGGAACACUUUCUGCCAAUACCUUAGAAACCAUCGUCCACCGCUCUCUCCACCGUCUUGCAGCGGCGAACACGUCCUAGAGUUUCUGCAUUACCUUGACCAGUUCGGAAAAACCAAAGUCCACCACCAAAACUGCUCUUUCUUUGGCCUCCUAAAUCCUCCGGCUCCUUGUCCUUGUCCUCUCCGGCAAGCUUGGGGUUCACUUGACGCCCUUAUCGGUCGUCUCCGUGCCGCCUACGAGGAGAACGGUGGAGUUCCAGAGACUAGCCCUUUUGGCUCACGUUCAGUCAGGAUUUUUCUCAGGGAGGUUAGAGAGUUCCAGGCUAAAUCUCGUGGCGUUAGCUACAAGAAGAAGAGGAAGACGGUCAAUAACAAGCAAAUAACUCAAUCGAGUUCUCAGCCGCCUCUACAGCCGCAGCCACAACAGCAUCAGCAUGUCUAUUAUGUCUAAUUAUAAUUAAUUACCACGGUCAACUAGAUGAUAUUGUACAACUUUCGAUAAAUGUACGUUCGUAUCUAUCUAUUUAUACGUACCAUUCCCUUGUAUUUGUGUAAUGUAAUAUCCCUACUUUACUCCAUC